GCUGAAUGUUUUAGCAACACGUGCGGUUGUGGCUUUGAUUUUUGUUUAAGCAUAUUUUUAUAAGAAAAAAAAUGGGAGGUGGUAAAAAGAAAGUACAUCCGAAAACGCGUACUGCAGCGUUCAAAGCCAGUGAACCAAGUGAAAUUGUUGAGGCCCCUCAUUCUUUCGUCAUACACCGCGGUCUGUCUUGUCCGUAUAUCGCAGAUUUAACAAUUGACUUUCGUCGAAUAAUGGAGCCAUUUACUGCAUCCAAUUUGCGUGAAAAAAAAAUAAAUCGCAUCAAAGAUUUUGUUAGUCUAAGCAGCUUCUUUCACGUCUCGCACAUGGCAGUUUUCAACAAAGCAUCUACACAGUUGUCCUUUAAAGUGCUUCGCUUACCGCGUGGCCCGUCUCUAACGUUCAAGGUGCAUCAGUUUACGCUUGCACGUGACGUCAUCUCUAGCAGUAAGAAGCAAAUGUUUGACGUUGAUUAUUUCAAGCAUCCACCGCUUGUGAUCAUGAACAACUUCAGCGGUGAAGGGAAACAUUUGAAAUUGAUGGCCUCAACAUUUCAGAACAUGUUUCCAUCAAUCAAUUUGGCUCAAGUUAACAUUGAUACUAUACGCCGCUGCCUUCUGUUCUCUUAUAAUUCGGAAACAAAGCUUGUGGACAUGCGCCAUUAUGCGGUGCAGGUGGUUCCAGUGGGUCUAAAGCGAGCUGUACAGAAAAUUGUCAGUGGUAAUGUGCCAAAUCUCAACAAAUGUGAGGAAGUUGUCGAUUUUAUAAUGAAGGAUGGAUAUACCUCGGAAGCAGAUGCCGACGACGAUGAGCAAUCACAUGUGGUGUUGCCCCAAACAGUGAAAGGCAAAGGGAACUUCGAAAACCACAAAAGCUCUGUAAAACUGCACGAAAUUGGACCUCGCCUAACAAUGCAGCUUAUGAAGAUCGAGGAGGGUCUACUAACCGGUGAAGUGCUUUAUCACGAUCAUGUUGUCAAAACUGAAGAGGAGAAGGAAGCAUUACGUAAAUUAAUUGAAAAGAAACGCAAAUUGAAAGAGUUGCGCAAGAAGCAACAGAACGAGAAUCGCGAGCGUAAUUUGAAAUUGAAGAAAGAGCAAAACAGGGAAGUGAGACGCAAAGAAACUGAAGAAAAUGCAAGUGAUGCGGACGAUGAUGCUCAAUAUUACAAAGAUGAAGUUGGCGAAGAACCAGACGAAGAACUUUUUAAGUUGGAUAACACGGCGUCGAGAAAGCGGCCCAAAUUACCAGCCGGUAUGAAGCACAAAAAUAAGAAACUUAAAUUAAAUCAAAAACCUUUAAAAAAGUCUAAGGAAAAGUAGCAAAUACAAAAUAAGAUAAU